UUCCGGACCAAAUAAAUUUGCAACAAAUCAUGAAGAGAUCGCAACGGCUUAACGCAAACUAUGCCAUCAAUACUGCGAAUCGCAUUAAAUCAAAGUCUCCGUCAAGAAGAAAGGAAAGAAGUCUUUCUCCGUCCCAUCGAGUGAAGAGACCGUCAGAAUUGAAUGGUUUGUCGGGAAAGAGUGGCGCCAAUGACGGCACACAAAGCGAAGAGACCCUCUCGGAUAGGGCCGACUCGUCCAGCAAUGACGGCAGUAACGUGUCAUCAGUGAGGGGUCGAGUCGGCGGUGCCCUCAACUCGCCAUCGGCUCCCCGUCUGGACGUGUCGUCGGCUAACCUAAAGCGAUGGAUCCAAGAGAACAAUCUGGAGAUGUUGGAGGGGGUGGUGAUGGAGGGCUACGGCACUCGGCUUAAGGAGAAGGCCGAGUACUUUACCGACGACGACAGCGCCGACUCUAUGCUAUACAUAUCGGAAAUGGUGCCCAAAAUGAUGAACAAAAUCCGUGUGAUUCAUGCGGCCGUCUCGUGCGGUGAUCUGCUCGGCCUUCAGGACGGACUCGACGAGAAGAAUGAUUACGUUGUGGCCAAAGACCACUUGGGAAUGGCUCCCAUUCAUAAGGCGACUAUUAUGGGACACAUCGAUGUGGUUGAGUAUAUACUCGACAAGUUUCCCGAUACCGUCAACUUGAGGGACAAAGAGGGCCGAACAGCCCUUCACUACUCCGCCGCCACCACUAAUCGCAACGGCAGUAAAAUAUAUAAGAUUCUCAUCAGAGCCGGAGCUGAUCCACGGAUAAGAGAUUCC